CACGUGGUCCUGCGGGGCCGCGUGGGCAGGAAGUGGCUGCCGCUGUUGUCGUGCUUUCCCCAGCAGAACCGUGAGAAGGGGCAGCCAUGGGGGGCUUGGAGAAGAAAAAGUAUGAGAGGGGAUCUGCCACCAACUACAUCACCAGAAACAAGGCCAGGAAGAAGCUACAGCUGAGCCUUGCUGAUUUCAGGCGCCUGUGUAUCCUCAAGGGUAUUUACCCCCACGAGCCAAAACACAAGAAGAAGGUGAACAAGGGCUCCACUGCGGCCAGGACCUUUUACCUGCUCAAGGACAUCAAGUUUCUUCUCCACGAGCCCAUCGUCAACAAGUUCCGGAGCUACAAGGUGUUUGUCCGGAAGCUCCGGAAAGCCUACGGAAAGAGUGAGUGGAAUACGGUGGAACGGCUGAAAGACAACAAGCCCACCUACAAGCUUGACCACAUCAUCAAGGAGAGGUACCCCACGUUCAUCGAUGCCCUGCGAGACUUGGACGAUGCCCUGUCCAUGUGCUUUCUGUUCUCCACCUUCCCCCGUACCGGGAAGUGCCACGUUCAAACGAUCCAGCUGUGCCGGCGGCUCACCGUGGAGUUCCUCAACUACAUUAUCACCUCCCGGGCUCUGCGCAAGGUCUUCCUGUCAAUCAAAGGGAUUUACUACCAGGCCGAGGUGCUGGGCCAGCCUAUCGUGUGGAUCACUCCCUACGCCUUUUCCCACAACCAUCCGACGGAUGUGGACUAUCGAGUCAUGGCCACCUUCACCGAGUUCUACACCACCCUCCUUGGCUUCGUCAACUUCCAUCUCUACCAGACACUCAACCUUCAGUACCCCCCCAAGCUGGAAGGGCCCAAAGAUCAGAAUGAUGGGGACUACGCCAUGGACUCUGAGAGCUGCCUGGAGAAACUGUCAGCUCUGAGUGCCAGCCUGGCUCGUGUGGUGGUGCCCGUCACGGAGGAGGACAUGGAAAUGGACGAAUUCCCUGCUGAUGGGGAGAACACUGAGCAGGAGGAGAGUCUGAGGAAGGAGCGAGAGGCCCAGGAGAAGCACAAGAAGCUGUUUGAGGGGCUGAAGUUCUUCCUGAGCAGGGAGGUCCCCCGGGAGGCCCUGGCCUUCAUCAUCAGGAGCUUCGGGGGGGAAGUCUCCUGGGACAAAUCUCUGUGCAUUGGAGCCACGUACGAUGAGAAGGAGCCUUCCAUCACCCAUCAGAUUGUGGACCGGCCCACACAGCCCACGCCCGUCAUCGGCCGGUGCUAUGUCCAGCCCCAGUGGGUGUUUGAUUCCGUCAAUGCCCGCCUCCGGCUCCCGGUGGAGGACUACUUCCCAGGGGUGCUUCUGCCCCCACACCUCUCGCCUUUUGUGACUGAGAAGGAAGGAGACUACAUGCCCCCAGAGAAGCUGAAAUUGCUGGCCCUGCAGCGGGGUGAAACCCCAGGAAACGCGACCGAGUCGGAGGAGGAGUCGGAGGAGGAGGAGGAGGGAGGUUCGGAGGAGGAGGAGGAAGGUUCGGAGGAGGAGGAGGAAGGUUCGGAGGAAGAGGAGGAGGCCAGACUGAAGGUGAUGGAAGAACAGAGGACUCAGGGAAAGAAGCCCCAGGUGACCAUGGGCACCCUGGACAAGAGGCGCCAGCUGCCGCAGGAGGAAGAGAAUGAGGCGAAGAGGCUGGCCAUCAUGACCAUGAAGAAGAGGGAGAAAUACCUGUAUGACAAGAUCAUGUUCGGCAAGAGGCGGAAAGUGCGCGAGGCAAACAAACUGGCCCAAAAGAGGAAGGCCCAUGAUGAGGCCGUGAAGGCUGAGAAGAGGAGGAGGAAGAAGGGGAGUCAGGCCUGAGUCUGACCUGCCUGGGACCCUGCUCGGGGUGAUGCCCCUCCUGGAGGCUCUGACGGAGUUUCUGCCUUUGCCAGACGCCCCAUUUGGCCUGUGCUGGGCCUCAGACUGACUGAGGGGCUUGGGCGGGGGUCUUUUCCCCUGGCUGGGCCCUGCUGGGCCGGGGGGCUCUCAGCCUUUGCUAAUGCCCCGUUGGUAUUCCCGGACGUGGGGCUCAGUGCUGAGGAGCCUGUCUGGGGAGGCACCACUGGUGCCCCGUACUCAAGGCAGGAAGAUGGAGGGCCCAGAGCCAGCUGAGGGUGGCGUGACCCUCCUAGCCUAGGCCUGCCCCCUGGGGAUGGCCUGACUCUCCAGGCCUCCCUGCCCUCUCAGGGCUGUACAGCCAGGACUUGCUGAUGCUCACUUUAUAUCUGGGGGAAAUGUUUCCAAAUAAAUCUGUGGACUGAUGCUUCC